GAGAACGAGUUUUCAGGGACCAUGAUGAUUUCCUUGCCCAUUAUGAUGACUGGCUAAUAAACCGAUUUAUAUUCCCUAUAGAGCUGUGCUCUUACAGUAGAUCUAUGUGUUGAAUUGGGUCCAGUCUUAGAGAGGGCAACAACCCGGAAGCAUGCCAGUCCAAAUGCAAGUCCUCACCACUCUGGGGCUCUUGGCAACCGGCUAUUUCCAGCGGGAAUUGGCAGACAGAUAAAUUAUUUAUAUUAAAAAAAAAAACUAUAAGUAAUCUUCCACUUUGUGUCUAAGACCUUUUUGUAUAUGAAAUAAUUCUAUUGGAAUCUAUCAUCUCACCCUAUAUGUCUGGUAUAUCAGAGCCAUCCCUGAGUGCCAUAAUAUCUGUCGUUUUGAAUGGUAUACUUAAUAUGGGUAGUCGAUACAUCAGGCUACCCUACACUGGGCGAGAACAGGCCAAAAUAAAAAUGCAAUUUGCAGCAAUGUCUGGUUUCCCAAAUGUAAUCGGCGCAAUUGACUGCGCUCAUGUUGCUAUAAGGGCACCAUCUGAAAAUGAUUUUGCUUAUGUUAAUAUAAAGCAUGUGCAGUCUGUUAAUGUGCAAAUCAUAUGUGACUCCAACAUGACCCUCACAAACAUUGUGGCAAGCUGGCCUGGUUCAACACAUGUUCCUUUACACAUAGCAGUAUAAGGAACAGACGAAAUGCAGGCGCAGUACGUGAUGGCUGGCUUCUUGGUGAGUUUAAUGUAGUAUUAUGUUACUUACGGUAAUGUUAUGAGGCAUGCAGUAUGCUUGGGAACCUAUAUUGGGGGUGUUACGGGAUUGGGGGAGGAGAAUAAAAGUUCGUUUAAGAAGUUAUGGUCGGCUGUCGCGUGGUUCAUUAUGAAAGGUUUAUGUUGUACCUAUUAAACGACAGAACAUGGUGUCAGAAGUAUAGCGGGUGUGCGUUAUGCACAGGUUUGUUAGCAAACUUGCAUUCUGUAUAUUUGUAGUUUCGUUUGUGCCGUCAGCGUGAAGGAUUGGCGAGACGAGUUAGCACGGUGAAUGCCUUGAUCUAUACGAUGGGGGGGAAGUCGAGGAUAUACUCACCUCCCUGCAUUUAAGUCCUCAAGCGGCGAGUGACUAUGAAGUAGUAAAGAACAGAUUGAAUGAUCACUUCGUAGCUCGAAGGAACGUGAUUUUUGAGAGGGCGAAGUUUAAUCAGCGGCAGCAAGAAGUGGGCGAGUCCGUGGAUCACUUCAUAACGGCGUUGCACUGUUUAGCCGAGCACUGUGGAUACAGCGAUCUGCACGAUGAGAUGGUAAGAGAUAGACUCGUCGUGGGUCUGACAGAUAAAAGGCUGUCAGAACAGCUACAGCUGGACCCUGAAUUGACACUUGAGAAGGCUGUCGUUCGAGUUCGACAGAGUGAACUAGUAAAAAAACAACAGGAACAGCUCAAAUCAAACUUCAAGUGGGACAUGGCAAACGAACAGCUGGAUAGUGUACAAACUAAACAGUACAGUAAUGUGAAAACAAAACCAGUAAAGCCACUUUUUGGACAGCUGGCAAGGAAAACACCUCAAAUAAAGCCUAAAAAGCAGAUGCUAUGUAUGAGAUGUGACAAUAAGGGGCAUAAUUUGCAGCGAUGCCCUGAGGGAGAGGCAAUAUGUCACCUCUGUCAUAAGAAGGGACAUUAUGCUAGAGCAUGUAAGUCAAAGACGGAACAUGAGGUGAAUAUAGCAACUUCAGAUACAAUGGAGGACAUUGCAUUUCUUGGUUCACUGACAUCUGAUGUAACAGGAAGGCCCUGGAUGACUGAAAUACAAAUUGACAAUCUCAAGACAAUGUUCAAAAUUGACACUGGGGCUGAUGUAACAGCAGUCCCAGUUACACUGUACAACCGGGGCCAGUUCCAAAAACUGAAACCUCCCAGGAGAGUCCUGCAGGGACCAGGUGGAACAUCACUGAAGGUAAAAGGGAAAUUCUCAGCAACCCUUGGCAAGCAUAACAAACAUACGACUCAGGAAAUCUAUGUGGUGGAUGGGUUGUACAUGCCUUUGUUAGGUAGACCAGCAGUAACUGCACUUCAACUAGUAGCUAGGCUUGAUGUUGUUAGCUUAACUUCUAAAGAAAGGGUAGAAAAGGAGUUUCCACAACUCUUCAGUGGCUUAGGCAAAAUGGACGGUGAGUACAGCAUUGUGCUGAAACCAGGUGCAAUACCCUUCUCCAUAUCGACUCCAAGACGCAUUUCCCUCCCUCUCUUACCAAAGGUGAAGGAAGAAUUGAGGCGUAUGGAACAGCAGGGUGUAAUUUCAAAGGUGGAGGAGCCAACUGAAUGGUGUGCUCCCAUGGUUGUGGUGCCGAAGAGUUCAGGUAAAGUGAGAAUUUGCACAGAUCUCACGGAAUUGAACAAAUCGGUUAUGAGAGAAAAACACCCUCUCCCUUCAGUAGAAAGCACAUUAGGACAACUUGCAGGAGCCAAAGUGUUUUCCAAACUUGACGCCAAUGCAGGGUUUUGGCAGAUUCCACUUUCGAAGGAAUCCUCUUUGCUCACCACAUUUAUAACUCCAUUUGGCCGGUACUGCUAUAACCGUCUAUGCUUUGGAAUCUCUUCUGCACCUGAGCAUUUCCAAAAGCGCAUGUCCAGGAUUCUUGAGGGACUGGAAGGUGUUGUUUGUCAAAUGGAUGAUGUGCUCGUAUGGGGAUCAUCACAGAGUGAACAUGAUGAGAGGCUGAGAAGGGUGCUCUCAAAGCUUCAGGAAUCUGGAGUCACACUCAAUGAGAAAUGUGAGUUUUCAAAGACAAAAAUCAAGUUCCUUGGACAGAUCGUUGAGGCAUCCGGGGUAAGCGCAGAUCCGGAUAAGCUGGAAGCAGUAAAAGCAAUGAGACAGCCAUGUAAUGUCAGUGAAGUAAGGCGGUUUUUGGGAAUGGUAAACCACCUCGGUAAAUUCUUACCACAUUUGGCAGCAAAAACGCAGCCACUCAGAGACUUACUGAAAAAGUCCAAUAUGUGGGUUUGGGGGUCGAAUCAGCAAGAAGCCUUUGAGAAAAUCAAAGAGGAACUGACAACACCUCCAGGUUUGGCGCUGUAUGAUCCGAAUAAGGAUACAGUUGUUUCUGCAGAUGCCUCAUCAUAUGGACUAGGUGCUGUUCUCCUCCAGAAGCAAGCAGACAAUGUAUGUAAACCUGUGGCAUAUGCUUCCAAGGCUCUCAGUAACACAGAGCAACGUUAUGCACAAAUAGAGAAGGAGGCAUUGGCCUCCACAUGGGCGUGUGAGCGGUUUGCAGAGUUUCUCAUUGGGAAGCGUUUCCACAUUGAAACCGAUCAUAAACCUCUUGUUCCUCUGCUUGGCUCCAAGACAUUGGACGAACUCCCUCCACGCAUUCAGCGUCUUCGCAUGCGUCUUCUGAGGUUCUCAUACACCAUAUCACAUGUGGCUGGCAAAAACAUUGCGACAGCAGAUGUGUUGCCUAGAGCUCCCGUGAAUAGUACAGCGGAAGGGCUUUCUGAAAAGGAUAUUGACCUGUAUGCUGACUCUGUAAUGGCGAGCCUUCCAGCUACUGCAAUGAGGCUCAAAGAGAUCCGGGAGCACCAAGAAAAAGAUUUUAUACUCCAGCAGCUAAAGAAGUACUGUGAGGAAGGUUGGCCAAGUAAGUUCUCGGUUGACCAAACUAUCCGGCCUUACAUGGCUUUCUCAGGGUCCUUUUGUAUGCAUGAUGGGCUCUUAUUGAAUGGACUCAGGAUUGUCAUUCCGAAAUCGCUCCGAGCAGAUAUCCUGGGAAAGUUGCAUGAGGGGCAUCUGGGCAUAACUAAGUGCAGAGAAAGAGCUAAGCAGUCAGUUUGGUGGCCAGGUCUCAGCAAAGACCUUACACAAAUGAUUGAGAACUGUGACACCUGUGCUCGGGAAAAAAUUAACUUUAAUGAGACAUUGAUGCCUACUGAGUUCCCAACGAGGCCUUGGUCUAUAGUGGGAGCAGAUUUGUUCCAGAAAGACAACAUGCACUACUUGGUCAUUGUGGACUACUUUUCUAGGUUUUUUGAAGUUUCCAAACUGUCCUCGACAUCAGCGGAAGCUGUAAUUGAGCACUUCAAAUCCAUCUUCGCACGUCAUGGAAUUCCUGAGGUGGUGCGCUCGGACAACGGGCCACAGUUUGCUUCUGAGGGUUUCCAAGCCUUUGCACGGGGCUGGGGUUUUGACCAUGUGACUUCAAGUCCUCGCUUUCCACAGAGUAAUGGGGAGGCAGAGCGUGCUGUAAGGACCAUCAAAAAUCUCCCCAAGAAGAAGUCUGCGGACCCCUACCUCGCACUUAUGGCUUACCGAGUGGCCCCUCUCGCCAACGGUUACAGUCCUGCCGAGCUCCUAAUGGGAAGAAAGCUCCGAACGCGAGUUCCGGUGAUUCCGUCUCAGCUCAUUCCAGAGACUGCAGAUUUGGAAAAGCUAACACAGAAAGAACUGACAUAUAGACUGAAACAGAAACAAUGUUUUAACCAAAGACACAAAGCACGUGACAUGACGUUUUUGCGUCCAGGUGAAAAUGUGUGGGUCAGAGACACUUCUGAAAAGACACUUCUGUUGUGUCUAACACUGGCUCUCCCCGGUCUUACCUUAUAGAGACACCCAGAGGUACCUUAAGGAGAAACAGGUUUCAUCUCUCACCAUCUCCAAUAGCUCCUGUGACUUCUGACCUUCCUGACUCGGUGGAGAUGCAGGCAUCUCCGCUCAUUGAAGAUUCAUCCAACACGGCAGAAGUUCAGUUGGGUUCCCAACCGAACUCUCCAUGUACCAGUCGGUACCCUUCCAGGAUUAGAACUCCCCCGGGUAUCUAAAGGACUUUGUUUGUACUUAGAGAGAAGCACCGUGUGGUCAAUGGGGCAGAGUAAUCCCCACACUCGGUUGAAGGUUUUGGGUAGUCCACCCCAUCCUUCUAGGCAGAGAAACUCCUCUCUUGCGAAAGUGUAAAAAAAAAAAGAAAAGAAAAAAAAAAGGAAGAUUGUUGAAAAUUGUUGCCUUUAUAUUUACAUGUUCAGUGUCUAAUAAGAAGGUCAAGUAUAGUCAUUGUUGGUUUGUUUGCUUCCCCGUGUGUUAAAUAAAGAAAAGAAAAGUAAGAAUCUUAUUUGUGAAAGGGGGAUGUAGUAUUAUGUUACUUACGGUAAUGUUAUGAGGCAUGCAGUAUGCUUGGGAACCUAUAUUGGGGGUGUUACGGGACUGGGGGAGGAGAAUAAAAGUUCGUUUAAGAAGUUAUGGUCGGCUGUCGCGUGGUUCAUUAUGAAAGGUUUAUGUUGUACCUAUUAAACGACAGAACAUUUAACAAUAUUAAAGAGUAGAAACUGUAACAAUUUUGUUUUUAAUAUAAUUAUAACAAUGUUGCUUUUAAUACAAUUAUAAUCUGCAGGCGACAGUGGCUACCCCUGAGACGC